AUGUUUGUCUACGCGGUGACCUCGGUGAUUGUCUUCAACCUGGUAGUACUUGGCAUCGAGGUGGAGGCAUCUACCCAUCUGGGUAUCUCAGAUAUUCCCACCUGGUUCGGCCUCUGCAAUGGCAUUGUCGUCGGGCUCUUCACCCUGGAGCUCAGUGUCAACCUCUAUGCCCAGGGCUUCUCGUCCUUCUUUUGUGGCCGAGAACGAUGGUGGAACUUAUUUGAUCUUUUGAUCAUCGUCUUGUCCUUGCUGGAGACGGUGCUGGAUCUUUGGGCGGCCGCCGAAGCGGCGAACUCAGGGAACCAGGCGCUGUCGCCCAGCCAGCUCCGCUUCGCACGGUCCAUCCGCUUGGCGCGUGCGCUGCGGGGCAUCCGCGUGAUGCGGCUGCUGCGCUACGUGAGCGCUUUGAGGACCUUGGUGCUCUCCAUCAUGAGCAGCAUGGCCUCCUUGAUGUGGACCUUAGUGCUUUUGCUUCUGCUCUUCUACUCCUUUGGUGUCCUCUUCACACAGAUGGUCACGGAUGAGUGCCGCUUCCAAGCCAUCAUGCGGACGGAGGAUCCGAAUUCGGUGCCGAGUUGCCUCAACACUGAUGAGCAAGGCAACCUGAUCUAUUGGAACUAUUGGGAUAGCAUCUCCACUAGCAUGUUGACCCUCUUCAUGGCCACAACCGGGGGCAUCGACUGGGAUGUGGCCCUGAAGCCGUUGGGGGAGAUCUCCGUCUUCGCAGGUGGAUGCCUGGUGGUCUAUGUCAUCAUCACGUUCUUCGCUAUCGUCAAUGUCAUCACGGGUGUCUUCGUGACCACCGCGAUGGAAACGACUUCGGCUGAUAAAGACCUGGCCGUCAUGAAGCAGCUUCAAAAGCACCAAGCGCAAGUAGAGGACUUGAAGGCCCUCUUUAGCGAGAUCUCGGGUGGAGAGCGUAAUGAGGAGGUCAGCAUCGAUCAGUUCAAGGCGGCGAUGUCCAUCCCAAAGUUCGCCGCCUUCCUGCAGUCGAUGGGCAUCUCCACGGACUUGGAAGAUGUAGGCGUCCUCUUCAAAUUGUUGGAUGCCGACGCUAGUGGCCUGGUUGAACUGGACGAGUUCAUCAAAGGCUGCUUGAACCUCCAUGGUACAGCCAAGGGGUUGCAGCUAGCCCGGAUGAGCUACGAAAACAAGUUGACACGCAGAGAGAUCAAACAUUUGCACCACUCCGUCGCGCGACUGCAUGACGUCCUCCGCACCGGAUCCGAGCACUUUCAGGUCUGA